ACCUCCUCGAAAAUGGCGACGUCAGAGCUACCCACCCUGCGAUGGGGUAUUGUUGGAUGCGGUUUAAUAUCCUCAUGGUUCGUAGCUGACCUGUGUCUCGCGGACAGGCCUGGCGCAACAACCAAACACAUCGUGCAAGCCGUUGCCUCCUCCUCCAAGAGCAAAGGAUCCACGUUUGUUUCGAAACAUUGUCCUUCGCAACAACCGACUGUAUACGACUCAUAUCAGGACCUAUACAACGACCCAAAUGUAGACAUCGUGUAUAUUGGAACACCACAUGUAGUCCAUUGCGAAAACACGCUUGAUGCAAUCGCUGUUGGCAAACAUGUGCUGUGCGAGAAGCCAGUUGCAGUCAAUUCCCGAGAUGCCAAGAAAAUGAUUGACGCAGCACGUGAGAAAGGCGUAUUUCUAAUGGAAGCUGUCUGGACACGUUUUUUCCCAAUCACCACGAAAUUGAACUCCCUGUUAUACGAAGAGAAGAUUAUUGGGGAUAUUGCCGCCGUAUUCGUGGACUUUGGUCUGAACAUGCCCAUCGGGAAAGCCGACCCCACAACCCGCGUCGCCUCCAAGGCGCUUGGCGCAGGAGCUCUUCUCGACAUUGGUAUUUACUCGCUGACCUGGGCGUCCAUUAUUCUCGACAAAUCACCUAGUCGCCAGACCAAUACAUCGCCGGACAUGAGUGCGACGAUGACCUUCCAUAAUGAGAAACUCGACAUUGCUGAAAGGAUAGACGAACAGGUCACUGCAGUUUUGAGAUAUUCGGAUCUCAAAGCUCAGGCCAUCUGCUCAGCGUCGCUGUUAUACAAGAGCGGAGCGGAGUUCGCACGCAUCGAGGGAUCCAAGGGCUCCAUAUCAGUGGGAGGUGUAGCAGCGUCCAAGCCUGGCUACUUGGUGAUCAGAGUACAGGACGAGGAGGAGGAACGACUGGAUUUCGAAGUUCCCGGGUUCGGUUUCCAUUAUGAGGCCGAUGCAGUCGCGGAGGAUAUCCGUGCGGGGAGGCAGGAGAACGCAACUUGUUCUUGGAGCGACACAACGACAAUCAUGUCGAGAUUGGAUGCUAUAAGGAGCACAUGUGGACUAACAUAUCCACAAGAUGCCUCCGUACACCGCCAGUCGCGUGACUUUAUCCAAUGGGUGCGUGGUUAUUCGCACAUCUUGUUGUCGUCAGCCACACAGAAUUGAGGGUGGAACCGAUAACAAGAGUGUUGCCCGACGACUUCCAAGUAGAAAGUUGACCUGGUUCAGUCGAAGUUGCAGUCAACAUGCAAGUUACUGCUGCGAGUGAUAUUGGUAGGUUACCAAAUAGUCGAUCCUUACUAGAAUCAUGCUUGCUGGCUCCGAGUCCGCAGCCGAAGGCGAAGUACUUGAAUAGCCG